GUGUGGGCACAGGCAGAUGGGACAGAGAGGAGAGAUCUGAGGGGAGCGUGACAGAUUGUGACUCUUAUCCUAAUAAACCUGAAAGACCAGAGAAGGGAGAGGAGGUGCAAAACGGAGAGGGUUUAGGAGUGAACAGACCACACAGAAGGCACACGCAGGUGCAGGAGUGUGAAAAAAUGACGUGGAAAGUGUAACAGGGGAUACCUUAGGGGCUUAGUGCAAGCUUAACGGGAAGGGUCACCGAGCGCUCCAGAGAGCGAGAUCAGCGCAUGUGUCAGAGAGGGGAGGGGCGCGCGAGCUCGGCAGACCGGUGUUUUGGGACGAGUCGGCGGCCAUGGGCUCGGCGUCGCUGGAGCUGAUGGGCUUCUUCCUGGGCCUCCUGGGCAUGGUGGGGACGCUGGUGGCCACCGUGCUGCCCUACUGGCGGACCUCCGCCUUCAUCGGCUCCAACAUCGUGACGGCGGUGGUCAACAUGAAGGGCCUGUGGAUGGAGUGCGUGCACCAGAGCACCGGCACCUUCCAGUGUGAGACGUACAACUCCAUGCUGGCGCUGCCCUCCGACCUGCAGGCCUCCCGCGCCAUGAUGGUCAUCUCCACCGUGCUGUCCGUGCUCGGCUGCGCCACCUCCAGCCUGGGUAUGCAGUGUACCGUCUGCCUGGACGGCACGGCGGAGAAGCCCAAGGUGGCCGGCGCCGGGGGCUGCUUCUUCCUGCUGGCCGGCCUCUUCUGCCUGAUCCCGGUGUCCUGGACCACGCACGAGGUGGUGCAGACCUUCUACCACCCAAACCUGCCCACCAGCUACAAGUUCGAGCUGGGCGAAUGCCUCUUCGUGGGCCUGGCCUCGGCGCUGAUGUCCAUGCUGGGCGGGGGGUUACUGUGUGUGUCCUGCUGCGAGGGACAGGAUGGGCGGAGAGGGACCCGGAGGCCCGGGGGUGGGUACCCCUACCCGGACCGCGCCGCCUCCUUCCCCAGGGCCACCCCCCACACCAUGACAUACCGCAACCCCACUCUGCAGACGGGGGUCAACACUGUUACCAAGACCCAGACCCAAAACGCCAGCCAUGCCAGCACCAGCAGCCAGUCCAGCUUUCCCAUCCAGGAGCUGAAGAAAUCGCCCCGCCACAACGCCGCGUCUGGCUACGAUGUCACGGGCUACGUCUGACGCUGCCUUCAGCUCUACCUCUCUGUGCUUCUGUCUUUGUCUUGUUAGCGCUGAGAGAGCUUUCGGUGUCAGUAGGAGACCCUACUGAUACAGCUGAGAUCGUUAUUCCUUUCAACGGCCCAGAGAGAAAUCAUGUCAAAUCUUUUAAGAAGCAACUGAAAAGACCACUACCCUAGGGGUGACCCAUAAAAGACGGGAGGAAUUCCUGGUGAGCAGUGAGCCACAAAGGAAGAAUGGCUCACAGACAUUCUCUGAAGCACGCUCUUACCACAAAGUUGUGCCCCCUGG